UUCGUAAUCCUGACUUAGUUGACCGCAGCGUGUCGUACUUGCAUGUCCUGACUAGUGCUUUGUAAAAUUGUGACAAAAUGGGAAUGCCUGAGAGUAGGAAGCCAGAGUCAUGGUGGGUGUCAGCAGUGCUCAAGACCAUCCGCGCUGUCGCGUUGGUCUUCGACAUCCUCACCUUCCCAGUACACCUCAUAGUCCAGAGGCCGUGGAGGAAACGAGCGCUCUCCAGACGAAUCAAGGCCCGUAUAAUCCAGACCACACAGAACAGCAUAACAGUGCGAUCAGUGUCGUCUCCAUGUGACCUGCACCUCCGCCUCGUCCGCGAUGGCGUCACCUCCAUGGAGAGCAUGCUGAGGGCCGCGGCCGCGCGCUGGGCCGACCGUCCCUGUCUCGGCACACGUACCGUGCUCAGCGAAGAGGAUGAGCCACAGCCAAACGGACGGGUCUUCAAGAAGUUUAACAUGGGCGAAUACGUGUGGCGUACGUACGUGGAUGUAGAGAAGGAGGCGCGUCACUUCGGCGCCGGCCUGCGCGAGCUCGGCUGCCAGCCGCGACACAACAUCGUCAUGUUCGCGGAGACUCGCGCCGAGUGGAUGCUCGCCGCGCAUGGCUGCUUCAAGCAGAGCAUUCCUGUUGUAACAAUCUACGCUACCCUGGGUGACGAUGCGAUAGCUCACGGCAUCAACGAGACAGAUGUAUCCACUGUGAUCACCACAUACGACCUUCUGCCCAAGUUCAAGAAGAUCCUGGCCAAGACGCCCAAGGUAGACACCAUCAUCUACAUGGAAGACCAGCUCAAGAGCAUUGACAGGGACGGAUACAAACAAGGCAUCAAGAUUAUCGGAUACAAGGAUGUUGUGGCGAAGGGAGCUUCUUCUAAAAUUGAACCGGUCCCACCAUCCCCAUCAGACACGGCUAUCAUCAUGUACACGUCAGGUUCGACGGGAGUGCCGAAGGGAGUGAUCCUGUCUCACCGCAACAUGUUGGCGACACUGAAGGCCUUCGCUGACGCUAUGCCUAUCUUCGACGGAGACAUCCUCAUGGGAUUCCUGCCACUCGCGCACGUGUUUGAACUGCUUGCUGAGAACCUUUGCAUGAUUGGAGGUGUCCCCAUUGGCUACUCGACUCCACUCACCAUGUUGGACACAUCCAGCAAGAUCAUGAAGGGCACCAAGGGAGAUGCCACCAUUCUGCAACCUACUUGCAUCACUACUGUACCUUUGAUUAUGGACCGCAUCAGCAAGGGUAUCACGGAUAAAGUAUCUCGCAGCGGAGAGUUCGCGAGCGCAUUCUUCAAGUGGGCCUACACGUACAAGCAGACCUGGAUGCGACGCGGAUAUGAUACUCCUAUUCUUAACAAAUUGAUGUUCUCCCGUAUCCGCGGGCUGCUGGGCGGGCGCGUGCGCAUGAUGAUCUCUGGCGGCGCGCCGCUGUCGCCCGACACGCACGCGCAGGUGCGCAUCUGUCUGUGCUGCGACGUGGUGGCCGGCUACGGACUCACUGAGACCACGUCCUGCGCCACCGUCAUGGACCCGCACGACCGCUCCACCGGCCGCGUCGGCGCGCCCACCGCCGGCACCGACGUCAGGCUGCUCGACUGGGACGAGGGCGGCUACAGGGUCGACAACAAACCUUACCCACAGGGUGAAAUCGUGAUUGGCGGCGACUGUGUAGCGGAAGGUUACUACAAGAACCCUGAGAAGACGAAGGAGGAGUUCAUUGACGCCGAGGGCAGGCGCUGGUUUAAAUCUGGAGACAUCGGAGAACUACAUCACGACGGAUGCAUUAAAAUUAUCGACCGCAAGAAGGAUCUGGUGAAAUUGCAAGCUGGAGAGUACGUGUCAUUGGGCAAAGUGGAGGCGGAACUGAAGACCUGUCCCAUCGUGGAGAACAUCUGUGUGUACGGAGACAGUUCCAAGUGCUACACCGUGUGUCUGCUGGUGCCCCACCCCCAGCACCUGGCCGAGCUGGGCGCCAGGCUCGGCCUGCCCGAGAUGGACUUCGACCAACUCUGCCAGAACGCCACCGUCGAGAAGGCUGUCGUCAAGGAACUCGCUGAUCAUGCCAGGAAAUGCGGUUUGGAAAAAUUCGAGGUACCUGCAGCGGUGAAACUGGUGACAGAAGUAUGGUCUCCUGACAUGGGACUGGUGACGGCCGCGUUCAAGAUCAAACGGAAAGACAUACAGGAGCGGUACAAGGAGGACAUCAAGCGGAUGUACGCGUCGUGAGCAGUGUGCGUGUAGUGUCGUGGAGUCGUGUACAUAUUUGUGUUACGUCUAAAUAUCGUAGUGUGUAUUAUUGUAAUACUAAAUUUUCGCUUGUGCGCCUGCGGACGGAUGAUCGUAUCGUUUAUGUAUAAAAAGUAAGUACACCGUUUGACUGGUCGAACGCUUCUGAUGAGAUUCUUUGUGUAAAUUUAAAAUUAUGUAGAUCUGAAGUGGUGAGUGCGCUGUGCGUGAUUGGAAAGUAAAUUUUACGUCAUUAUUAUAGAAUUCCUCGGAUAUCGUGUAGAUAUUGGCCUAGCAUCUCAUGUGUAGAUAGCUAUUGUCCCUACCAUGAAACUAGUACAUUUGUUCCUACGUGUUUUUAAAAGACAAAAUAAUUGUUUCGUGGUCGGGACGAAACAUCGCUAGACUAAGAUAAUUGUAUUAGUACUUAGGGGGAUCGGGGAUAGUGUUUGCAAUGUAAUAAUAAUAAUUUUGCAAUAAAUUCAUUUUUGUUCAUCUGUUUAUUUGUAUUAUAAUAAUGAAGAUGACUCAUUUGAGAAAUGAGUGUUCAUGGCGAGCUCAUUGUGUUGCAUAAUGUUAGCAGAAUGAUAAUGUUUUAAUGUAUUAAUGUAAUACGGUUAUGUUGACACAUGAUGCAUUAGUACAAGCAUAAUAAAACAUUCAUGGAUAUUUCUAGUUUUACGCUAAGAAAACGUAUACUUAGUCUACGAAUAUCAUGUGAACAUUUGAUCAUUGUACGACUACAUAAUACGUUCAAGUUUAGGUAGUAUCGAAAUGUGUGCGUGUCAACAUAAUUAGGUCGGAUUAUAAAUUUGUUGAUUAGUUUUUAUUGUUUUGUAAAUCAUGGCUAAAGUUGUUUAGCGUCUCUGUAGCGCCGACAGGAGUGAGGAGGGAGCUAGUCAAUGUUACUAAACAAUGUUACAGCAUUUUAACCGUCGCCCGCAUUUCGCUGAGCAUUUACAUUUACAUACAUUUUAAUAUAAACCUUUUAAAAUAAAUUUAUUAAUGUAAUCAAUGUUACCUGAACAAACGUAAAAUUCCAUUGAUGUAUUUAAAUGUGAGACCUCGACUUUAACUGUAUGGUAUCGUUAUAUUUUUCGAUGUAAUCAUAUUGUAAUCAUUGAAAUGAUCUUAAUAUUAUCAUCAGUGUACUGUUGUAGGUGUUUGCUCAGUUCACGAGCCUGUAACUUUGUGUUUGAAAUUCUUAAGCAUUGCAAUGAAAACCAAUUUUGUAUUAUUUAUUGAAUAAAUGUUAAUAAAAUCAGUAUUGGUUGUUGUUUCUUAAUAAUCAUUUUCCUUCCUAUCUAUUAUAGAAGCUUAUUUACAGGGAUAGUAGGAGUCACCCCAAGGUUACUCUUGGUUUGGUGAUCUCUUAAAAAUAUUAUUCAAAAUAGAUUACAUAAAACUCACUGAUGGGCGGCCCACGGCCAAAUUGAAAACAAACAUUUUGAAGCCAACUAGAAGUUACGAAACAAAAGUAAAAUAAAAACAAGUGAAUCUAUUGCAGUUGUAUAGUUUAUUUAUACUUCUGUAAAUAACAUAAUUAACUUUUUAACAUAAAGUUUUAAAUAGGUUUAGAUGUAUAACGUGUACAUGAAGGUUCUCUGCAAAUAUUAAACACUUCGGAAAAUAAAGUCUGGGAGUUUAGGAGUAUUAUUACAAGCUUUUGUUUAAUUCAUUGAAUGGUUUUGUGUCAAUAUAAUAUUUGAAUAUUGUAUCAAACAGAAAAGGGAAAUAAACAUCUAGCAAGUUACAAUUACAGCGAAAUUAAAGAGUUUGUAUAUCCUAAAGUUAAUCUAAUUUAGCUAAGUUGUCAAACGUAUGUCUAGGCAGUGCUCAUCUUGCAGAGAUGACGCAGCUGCAUGAUCUUGAUGUCAUCUGUACCGAACUUCACUACUCCUUCUUGAUUCUCUAUAGAGAUCAGUUGACCCACAGCCUCGCGGUCCUCGCCCGCAAUCACCUGUGGAAAAUAAAAUCAGGAGAUUUUAUUAGACUAAAUAAUAGAGUUCCGAAAUUUAAAAAUAUAAGUGUUUAAGGAUCUUGAAAUUUUCUAUCACUUUUUGUAAUAAGUGGACUGACACUGACCUUGACCCUAUCCCCGGACUGCGGCACGACGGGCUCGAGUAGGUCGGCCAGCACGUUGACGACGCGGUCCUCCUGCGGCAAGUACAGCGCGCACAUGCCGGCCGACAGCCCGCGCACCACGCCCGACUGCCCCGCCAGCGCGUCGUCCUCCGCCGCCGCGCGGACCCGCACCUGGGGACAAGUUGCCGUUAUUUAUACACUCAUCUCCAAUUACAAUACAAGUUAGAAAUAAAAGUAUUUAUAUUUACCUCAACUUCCGUAGUAUGCCAGUCGGGUGCUGCAGUAUCAGCAGCUGCAUAUGGUGAGCGAGGCGAGUAUCCGCCCGGAGACGGGGUCGCAGGGUACCCGGCAGUGUACCCCGCGGGGGACGGACUCGGUCGGUACGGCGAGUACGUGUGGUCUGACCCGUACAUAGUACCCGGGGUCUGUGGAGUGAAGGGUCCAGCCGCGUACGCCGCGUCCCCGUCGUCCAGCGCGCCGUACUCGAAGUCUGGCGCGCGAGCUGGCGUGUUGGCCGCCGUGGGGUCCCAGGCGCCGUGCGCCGGGGUGCGGCCGCCCUCGUGCGACGGAGUGGCCGAGCCAUAGUGCGGGGUGCGGCCGCCCACGUCGUAUAUAGGUGUGGCGGACCCGUGCAUGGGGGUCUUGAUGCCGGUGUCGCGGUACGUGGGGGUCUGCGCGCCCAGUGUCGGGGUGCGGGCGGGAGUCCGAGUGUAGAACGAGGCCCCGCCGCGCGCUGCGCCGGCGCCGGCCCCCGCAAUGUGUGAGCGGUCCACAGAUAUAGUCUGACACGCCGAGUGGAGCUCCACGCGGGCCGUGCUGCCUGUAGCGUCCUUGACGAUACCGACAUUCCCCUUGUAAGGUCCGCCUGUGAUCUUGAUAGUUUGUCCGAUGAGCUCUCUGUCGCGUGUGACGCCGCCCCCGCGCCCCCCGCGGCCCCGACCGCGCGGUGUCAUACCGCCGCGGCCGGAAGGAUGCAUCGGCGACUGAAUUCUUGGCGACAUGAAUCCCAAAGAAAGACCCGUAGACACAUUAGAAUUCUUGUUACCGCCCGCUAAUUGUAAGUGUCGCGUCUUACAUACGAAUAUACCACCAUUAUCAAGGUACAUGCGAGACUGCAAGAACGCGAAAUUCCUGUACAGAUGUUUGAUUUCACCAUUACGCCCAGCGUGAGGUCCAUCGAUAACUUUCACGAUGUCGCGUUUCUGAAUAGUAUUCUGUUCAGAAUCUAAAGCCAUAGUGAACCUGCUCUCGCGUCGUUUCUGCAAAGCUUGUGGCUUGCAUUCAAUUACUUUACCCUGCAUUCCAAGGACAUGGAAGUUUUCUUUUUCAAGACGAACUAUCACGCCGACUGUUUGUGGAUCCAGUUGGACCAUAUCACCCCACUGGAAUUGCCCAAGAGAGUCCACACCAGUAGCCAUAUCGGAGCAUAAUUGUAAAUCUCGUGGCAACACUUCAAGUUCAUGCAUAGUCAGAUCUGACACAAGAACCACUCUAUGUGGCUCCACGCGCACGAUCAAACCAGUGUCACCCUCAUACCGUCCUGCUAACACCUUCACAUGGUCACCUUGCUUGAAAUACUUCCGCAACUCAUUUGGUUUGAACACCAGAGGAUCCUUCAGUGCAUCGUGCUUUGGCAUCACUGUUAUCAUGGACCCAUCUAUGGCUAUAAUCCUAGCCUGCAAGUUGGCCAAGUCACCAGAGCAUACUUCUACAUUGUCACCCAUAGAAAAUGAAUGUAAGCUAGUUGGGUCAUCUUUGGCUGGUGCUGCUAAUUCUAUGUCAAUGCCCUCUGGCUGUUCUUCAAAUCUUUCUAAUUCAGUCAAGGUAGGCUUUACACCCUCAGCCAAAAUGGCAGACAUUGUGAAAUUUUUGUAUAGAAAUCCUUUUCUAGAAUAUCUGUUUCCUUCAAAUAUCAAGAAGUCACCAUCAGAUGUGACUUCUCCUCCGAUAGCUCGGAUAGCUUCAGGGUCAAAAGGUUUCGCUGCUGGGCGUCUUUUCUUUUUCCUCUUAGCUGCCUCACUUUCACUUUGGACAGUUCUCAGAGCCCCUCGCAGCCUUGUAUAAUCUAUUCUAGGUAAUAAUUUUAGAUGCACUUGAUUUUGAGCUAGGUCUACAUAGUCCACUUGUGCAAUAUCAUCCUUGUACAGACCUCUUUUGAGCCUCACCCAUUGCUUUGGCUUUAGACCAGAUUGUUCCUUAACUACUCUUAAUACAUCAGUCAUUUCUUUAAUAGGUACCAUGUCUUGCUUCCAGAUACCCAUUCUCAAUGUACCAACAUUAUUUAUAAUGUUCUUAACAUGUGUUUGUUUGUAAGCUUCAAUGUAGAUGUAUCCUUUCACACCUUCUGGGGCCACAACAGAUUUGAUCUGGAAUGGUUCUUCAGAAAACUGAUAAGCAAUGAAUUUUCUCAUGAGAAGUAGAACAGUAGCCUUCUCUUCUCCUAUUCUGCACUUGACCAUCCAUAAGUUGGGGUCUUUUAUCCCUGGUAAGAGAGUUUGUUGGGUGAUUUCAUCAGACAUUUCCUCUCCACCUUCUCCAAAAUGUCUAUGUGCUGCUGAUUCAUCAGCAUAUUUGUUUCUGAGAUAUUCUUCAAUCUCUUCUUCUUUCUGUGAAUCCCAUAAAUUGGUGCCUCUGCGUCUACCCUCGAUUUCUCGGGCUGUGGGACCAAUUUCAUCCACCUCAUUUCCAACAAUGCCCAUUUCCUGGGCCCCCUCUUCCCAUUCAUCAUCUUCAUCGACCUCAUCAUCCACCUGUAAGAAGUAUAGUAAAAAUUAAUGUAAGUAUUUACAAAUUAAGUGGAAAUUGCAAUUGAAAAAGUAGCUUUUAUUCUGAAAAUGUUACCUCAGCCUCGUCAAUAAUGAAUCCUCCAUAUCGGCUGUCCUUUUUGCGUUUCUUUCUCAGCCUUUCUUCCUCCUCAUCUUCUUCAUAUUCCUCAGAGUCUACUAAGUCUUCUCCCUCUGGCUCUUGUUCAUCCU